UGCUUAUGCAUGCCCACAUACGUCCACAUGGCUCCAUCACAUCCAACUGCCAGGCUGAGUAAGGCUAGUAAAUAUAUUUAUAUUUGCGUGCCAGGAACUGGGUGCUCUGACCUCGCAUCUUUCCCUCUUGUUCCUGAACUCCAAGCUAUUCACUAUAUUGGUUUAGCUUGUAGCUCCCUUUGUUCUACCUCCACUUAGCUAGACAUAGCUCCUCUCUGACGUCGACUACAUACUUCUCUCAUUGUCAACUGUUCCUCAACAACUCUUCAUCCUGCAAAAGAACUUCUUGUCCCAUUUUCAAUCCCCAAGCUUGCAUCGGUGAUAAACAAUUCAACAUGCCGAGUGCCGAAUCCAUGACCCCAAGCAGUGCCCUCGGACAGCUCAAAGCAACUGGACAACAUGUGCUAUCCAAGCUUCAGCAGCAGACAUCAAACGCCGAUAUCAUCGACAUCCGCCGCGUUGCUGUAGAGAUCAACCUCAAGACCGAGAUAACCUCCAUGUUCCGACCUAAAGAUGGCCCUAGACAGCUACCCACCUUGCUUCUCUACAACGAGAGAGGCCUGCAGCUGUUCGAGCGUAUCACAUACCUUGAAGAGUACUAUCUUACCAAUGACGAGAUCAAAAUCCUCACCAAACAUGCGACCGAAAUGGCUAGCUUCAUCCCGUCAGGUGCCAUGAUCAUUGAGCUCGGAAGCGGAAAUCUGCGCAAAGUAAACCUUCUAUUGGAAGCCCUAGACAACGCCGGCAAGGCAAUUGACUAUUAUGCCCUUGACCUGUCUCGGGAGGAGCUGGAGCGCACUCUCGCUCAGGUACCAUCCUACAAGCACGUCAAGUGCCACGGUCUUCUGGGUACAUAUGACGAUGGACGUGACUGGCUCAAGGCCCCAGAGAACAUCAAUAAACAGAAAUGCAUCUUGCACCUCGGGUCAAGCAUUGGCAACUUUAACCGCAGUGACGCCGCUACCUUUCUCAAGGGCUUUACGGACGUCCUUGGACCCAAUGACAAGAUGCUCAUUGGGGUUGACGCUUGCAAUGACCCGGCGAGGGUAUACCACGCUUACAACGACAAGGUUGGUAUUACUCACGAGUUCAUCUUGAAUGGUCUUCGCAACGCCAAUGAAAUUAUCGGAGAGACGGCCUUCAUCGAGGGCGAUUGGAGAGUCAUUGGCGAAUAUGUGUAUGACGAAGAGGGCGGCAGACACCAGGCCUUUUACGCCCCCACUCGCGACACCAUGGUUAUGGGGGAGUUGAUUAGGUCACACGACAGGAUCCAGAUCGAACAGAGCCUAAAGUACUCGAAAGAGGAGUCAGAGAGGCUCUGGAGCACGGCGGGAUUGGAACAAGUCUCGGAAUGGACGUACGGCAACGAAUAUGGACUCCAUCUGCUUGCCAAGUCAAGGAUGUCUUUCAGUCUCAUCCCUUCGGUGUACGCUCGCAGCGCACUCCCAACUCUGGACGACUGGGAGGCCCUUUGGGCGACAUGGGAUGUCGUCACACGUCAGAUGCUUCCCCAGGAAGAGCUUCUGGAGAAGCCCAUCAAGCUCCGAAACGCCUGCAUCUUUUACCUCGGUCACAUCCCGACCUUCCUCGACAUCCAGCUCACAAAGACCACCAAGCAGGCUCCGUCAGAGCCCGCUCACUUUUGCAAGAUCUUCGAGCGAGGCAUUGAUCCUGAUGUCGACAACCCGGAGCUGUGUCAUGCGCACUCGGAGAUUCCUGAUGAAUGGCCGCCGGUGGAAGAAAUCCUGACCUACCAGGAGACGGUACGGUCCCGGUUACGCGGCCUCUAUGCGCAUGGCAUCGCGAAUAUUCCGCGGAAUGUGGGUCGGGCCAUUUGGGUUGGGUUUGAGCACGAGCUUAUGCAUAUCGAGACGCUGUUGUACAUGAUGCUACAGAGCGACAAGACGCUGAUCCCAACCCAUAUUCCACGGCCCGACUUUGACAAGCUCGCGAGGAAGGCAGAGUCCGAGAGGGUUCCCAAUCAGUGGUUUAAGAUUCCGGCACAGGAGAUCACCAUCGGUUUGGAUGAUCCUGAGGAUGGAUCUGAUAUCAACAAGCAUUAUGGCUGGGACAACGAGAAGCCUCCAAGGCGCGUUCAAGUUGCUGCCUUUCAGGCUCAAGGGAGGCCGAUCACCAACGAAGAGUACGCGCAAUAUCUGCUUGAAAAGAACAUCGACAAGCUCCCUGCCUCUUGGGCCCGCCUGGACAACGAGAACAUUAGCAAUGGAACAACAAACAGCGUGAGCGGUCACCACAGCAACAGAACCUCCAAGCAGCAGCUCCCUUCAUCUUUCCUCGAGAAGACAGCAGUCCGCACAGUCUACGGUCUCGUGCCUCUCAAGCACGCUCUCGACUGGCCCGUGUUUGCCUCUUACGACGAACUUGCCGGUUGCGCAGCUUACAUGGGCGGCCGUAUUCCCACCUUCGAAGAGACCCGGAGCAUUUACGCUUACGCCGAUGCUCUCAAGAAGAAGAAGGAAGCUGAGAGACAAUUGGGAAGGACGGUUCCGGCUGUUAAUGCCCACCUAACCAACAACGGCGUGGAAAUCACUCCCCCAUCCUCUCCCUCUUCCGAGACCCCCGCCGAGUCUUCCUCCCCCUCCGACAGCAACACCACCCUCAUCACCACCGAAGACCUCUUCUCUGACCUAGACGGUGCCAAUGUCGGUUUUCACAACUGGCACCCUAUGCCCAUCACCUCCAAAGGCAACACCCUUGUCGGGCAAGGCGAGCUCGGCGGCGUGUGGGAAUGGACUUCAUCGGUCCUCCGCAAGUGGGAGGGGUUCGAGCCGAUGGAGCUGUACCCCGGCUAUACGGCGGAUUUUUUCGAUGAGAAGCACAACAUUGUGCUGGGAGGGAGCUGGGCUACGCAUCCGAGGAUUGCGGGGAGGAAGAGCUUUGUGAAUUGGUACCAGAGGAAUUAUCCUUAUGCUUGGGUGGGGGCGAGAGUUGUUAGGGAUUUGUGAGUCGUUGUGUUUGUAUGUGUAAUGGGUGGUGGACUAUGGCUGGUUGGAAAGUGAAGACGACGUGAAUAGCGCAGUCUUGGUUAGUACUCAGAUGGGUAUCUUUUUCUUGGUUAUGAAAUUUCGGUCAACUACAUGUAUAUGAAUGGGGUGGUUUCAUAUGUCACUCCACUCGAUCAGGCAUCCCUGGUUUAACUUUAGCACGUACUUUGUUUUCCUUCACAGGCCAAGCAAGUGAGAAAAGAGACUCUUUCAUCAACCAAACCUCCAAAGGAUAUCAGGUACCUAUCCCAUUUCCCGUUAAAAACGCCUAAUAAUGCUGCAAGGAUAUUUACCACAGUAACCACACCGAUAACUUGAAAAUGAUCAAGCAGUUCCAUCCAUCCAUCCAUCCAUUCAUAAAACCGCCCUUUUGUUACCCACGC